AAAAAACACAACCAACAACUAAACAGUAACUACAAUAAAAUUAAAAUAGACAAAAAAUACUAACACACAGAUAAACCGCAAAACAGACAACCAAAACCGCUAAAAACUCGCUGUCUAAAUUUAAUUCACACAUAAAUAGUAAAAAAAAUACAACCAACAACAGUAAAAUUAAAAUAGAAAAACUACAAUAACAAACACAUAAACCACAAAACAGACCACCAAAAACGCUCUACACAACAACAAUAAAAUUAAAAUAGACAAAAAUACUAAUAAACAGAAAGGGAUAAACCGCAAAACAGACAACCAAAAACGCUAAAAAAAUAUUCUAGAUGUAAACAAUAUUUUAAAGAAUUAGAAGUCAAAAUUCUAUGUAUACUAGACAACGAACUCACAAAGCAUACCUGCAUUAAAAUCAAUAUGGAACUUUUUGGUUAUUACUAUAAUCCUACUACUAAUAACCAUGAUGUCAAAUCAUUCAACACAUCUUUUAAAGUAGUUUGUAAAAGCACCGAAAUGAAAGAUUUGGUAGAAGAAUUUUUAAUGAUUAUUGACAACAAGGCUGACGUGUUCGCUGAAAAAGAUUCCGGAUGGAUCUUACUUAAUUUUCUUUACUUGGAGAUUAAUAUUAAUAAAUUCAACCCAAUGAGAGCAUCAUCGUUUGUUGAACUUCCUUCUGAGAUAGUACGACGUCAAGCUAUAGUCAACAUCAGAAACAACGAUGACUGCUGCUUUGCUUGGUCUAUAGUAGCAGCUCUUUAUCCUCCAACAGGUGUCGACUUUGUUACAUCAUCGUAUCCACACUAUUCAACAGUUUUGAACACUGCAGGUAUUGACUUUCCAAUGUCAUUAAAAGACAUUAAAAAAUUUGAAAUUCAAAAUAAUAUAUCGAUUAAUGUAUACGGUUUAGAAAAAUAUUUUAUUAAAUUUCUAAUAGUGAAGAAUAUGAAGUAA